UCCUGUAUGAAAAAAGUGAAGUACUCGCUACAGUCACACGGAUGAAAUAAAGUUAGUGUUUUUUCCCCUCGUGGAGUAAUUCUUUGACUUCACCUCGAUUGGAACCUGAAACGAAGAAGGAAGAAUUUACUCUAUCGCUGACGGCACGAAGGCUAGGACAAUUUAGAAAAAGAGAUUACAUUGUAAAUUACAGGUUAGGUGAGAGACAGUUAGCCUAUUAACGGAUUCAUGGUCUUAUUAUAGUGAUCUAAAGCUCGCAAUGUCCCGAGUUACAGAUCCGCUGUCGAAAACACAUCAAGAGAGAAUGAAAGAAAUCAUGUUGCGGAAUAAAGAGAAGGAGAGGAUGAAGGAGAGGGAGAAGGAGGCCAGAGAGAGGGAGGCGAGGUACAGCAACGGUCACCUCUUCACCUCCCUCACCGUUUCCGGGACCACGCUCUGCUCCGCCUGCAACAAGAGCAUCACCGCCAAGGAGGCCCUGAGCUGCCCGACCUGCAAUGUUACCAUCCACAACCGCUGUCGGGACACUCUGCCAAACUGCGCCAAAGUGAAACAGAGGCAGCAGAAGCUGGCUCUGGUGAGGAACAGUUCAGCGCUGCAGAAUGUCACUCUUAGGACCAAGACCCCCAUCCUGAAAGAGAGGCCGAGCUCCGCCAUCUACCCCUCCGACAGCCUGCGCCAGUCCCUGCUGGGGUCCCGGCGGGGCCGCUCGGGCCUCUCCCUCUCCAAGAGCGUCUCCACCAAUAACAUCGCAGGGAACCUGAAUGAUGACUCUCCCCUGGGGCUGCGCAGGAUCCUGUCCCAGUCCACUGACUCUCUGAACUUCCGGAACCGGGCGAUGUCCAUGGAGUCCCUCAACGACGAGGGGGAGGGGUACUAUGCCUCCACGUUGGACGAGCUGGAGCAGGAGGGGCGGGACUUCGAGGCGGACUCCUGGAGCACGGCGGUAGACUCCUCCUACCUGCAGACACACCGCAAGGACGUCAUAAAGAGGCAGGAUGUCAUCUACGAGCUGAUCCAGACAGAGCUGCACCACGUGCGCACCCUGCGGAUCAUGGAGGGGGUGUUCCGGCGGGGCAUGCUGGAGGAGGUGCAGCUGGAGCAGGGCGUGGUGCACGCCGUCUUCCCCUGCCUGGACCGGCUGCUGGCGCUGCACACGCGCUUCCUGGCCCAGCUGCUGCUGCGGAGGAACCACAGCCUGGCGCCCGGCAGCAGCACCAACUUCACCAUCCACCAGCUGGGGGACGUACUGCUGGAGCAGUUCUCAGGUCAGUGUGCGGAUGAGAUGAGGAAGGUCUACAGUGAGUUCUGCAGUCGACACCUGAAGGCUGUCAAACUGUACAAGGAGCUGCUGGCCCGAGAGAAGAGGUUCCAAUACUUCAUACGGCGGGUAAAUCGUGGCCCCCUGCUGCGUCGCCAUGGCGUCCAGGAGUGCAUCCUGCUGGUAACCCAGCGCAUCACCAAGUACCCCGUCCUGGUCCAGCGCAUUCUGGACAACACCAAGGGCUGUGAGGAGGAGGCGACGGCCCUCAGCGAGGCUCUGGUGCUGAUCCGGGACCUGCUCAGCUCGGUGGACCAGCAGGUGCUGGAGCUGGAGCGAACCCAGCGGCUGCAGGAGAUCCGGGCCCGCCUGGACCCGCGGGCGGAGGCGGAGGUGCGGGGCGGGGGCGUGUUCCGCGGGGGCGAGCUGAUGAGGCGGAGGCUCAUGCACGAGGGCACCCUGCUGUGGAAGACGGGCGGCUCCAGGCUCAAAGAUGUGCAGGUCCUGCUGAUGACAGACAUCCUGGUGUUCCUGCAGGAGAAGGACCAGAAGUUCAUCUUCCCCUGCCUGGACAAGUCCCCAGUGCUCUCCCUGAAGAACCUGAUAGUGAGGGACAUCGCCAACCAGGAGCGCGGCAUGUUCCUCAUCAGCGACUCCACCCCGCCAGAGAUGUACGAGGUCCACGCCGCCUCCAGGGACGACAGGAACACCUGGAUGAGGCUCAUUCAGCAGACUGUCAGCAGCUGCCCCUCCAGGGAGGACUUCCCCCUGAUCGAGACCGAGGACAAGGCUCUCCUGCGCAGGCUCAGAGCUGACAUCCAGCAGAAAGACCGGGAGGUGCUGGAGCUCCUUCAGGAGAGGGUCACCCUGUUUUCGGACCUGGCGGAGGUCACGGGGGGCGGCGAGGUCUCCCUGCCCUCCAACUCCCGGAACCUGUUCAGGGCCAACACCCCGCAGGCACCCCGCGGGGAGCAGCUGCUCCUGGACGCCAUCGCAGAGGUGGAUAGGCUGAGUGAGAUGCUGCUGGGAGCCAACCCCGAAGUCCCCCUGUCCUGCAGUUCCAAUGGCCACCAGAACCACACGGGGGCGCUAAUGAUCAAUGGACAGGAGAUAUCUAUCAAUGGGAUUCAUGACAGCCCGGCACCUAAGGACAGGAACGGGAACCAAGUAGAGGACAGGCCCCUAAAUGAGGAGGUGUGUCAGAGGCUGGUGAACCUCAGCAUUCAGCUCCAUGCUCUGCAGGGUGUGGUGGUCAGGCAGGACUCUAUUGUAGAAUUCUACUGUCGACAGGGCUCAGGCCCAACAGCAGCCCCAAUAACACCAGCGCCGCUGUCCUCCACCCCUGCCAAGCUGUGUCGCUCCCUGUCACGUGACACGGGCCUGGAUGCCAGCGCGGGGGCGGUCAUAGGGGACCUGGCCCUGCUGCAGCGGCAGCACAGCCUCCUGCAGGAGGAGCUGGUGAGGCUGAGGGCCGCCGAGGGCAAGCUGAAGGAGAGCGAGAGGGCCCGCGCCCAGCUGGAGAAGCAGGUGAAGGACAUGAAGGCCAGCUGUGGCGCCGCCCCAGUGGACAGUGCUGGGGCUGCAGUUCCGGAACAGGCUCCUCACCAGCGCAAAGGGAGUGAGGCAGAUCACGAUCCUGUCGCACCAUUGGCCAGCCAGGAAUCAGCGGACCAAUCGGACGGCCCGCAGGAAGGCAGUGACGUGGAGGUGAACUCAGACGAUGAGGAUAUGAGGGUCUCGCCUCGGUCUGACAGCCCCAGAGAUCUGCAGGACAUUCCAGAAGAGAGUGAGACUGGACCAGAACCUCGGGAGUCCGAAGGAGGGUUGGAGACUUCACGCAGCUAGUGAUGUCAGUACCCAGUACCUGGAGUGGACCCAGACCAAGAAGACCAAGAAACCAAAAGGACUGGCGAGGAAGACUGAGUGAAAUGAACACAGAUACACUGAAUCGUCUUCCUCUUUGUUUAUGAAAAUUCACGCGCACACACACACACACACACACGUAUAUAUUAUAUAUAUGGUUGUUGUUUCAUAGGAAAAGUCUUUUUAAAUGUCUUUCAAGUUCCUGAGACAAGAGCUAGAGCACAAACAGGACCCCAGUGUGCUGCAAUUCAGAGGUGCUGCUGACAUAAUAUUAUACAUUAAUAAUACAGUGCUGUGUAAUGGCAGCAUUAUAUCUGGGUUCUUGAUGACAAGUCCCCCCUGUAAUCUAGGGAGCACAAUGACUGAGGCUCAUUUUGGGUGUCAUAAAAUGGGGAUUGUGUGUUACGCUGUGCUCGAGGAGGGGAUUCACACACAUAUACUGUAUAUAAAAAUGAAAAUGCUGUGCAGAUUUCAAACCCCACCCUUCGCCUCUUCUUAAACACUUGAAUUCUAGAAUUCUAUCAUACUCUUUAAAAAAAAAAGUUUUAGUCUGAUUUUUAAAAAAAAUAAUUUAAAUUUCACAGGCUGUGGAGGUGGAGGUAUUGGGUUUCAGUGAAGCUGUUCAUAAUUCCGUGGGAGACUGUCUAGAAUCUGAAUCAAAGCUGACCGUUCUAAGAAAACUGCCGUUACUAUUGUGAAGGGAAUGGCGCUGAUACGGCUGCUGGCAAUGAUGGCAGUAGGUCCUGAGUGCCUGUAAUUGCUAACUACAUAGAUAAACCUGAAGUGACCAAUAUGCUGUACACCAAUGUACUGUACAUACAACAUCCUCUCUUUUUAGUCCUCUUGAGUUAGUUAUUUUAACUCUGAAAAUGUCUCAUCUCUUUUACCCCCCUUUAAAUAUUGAUAAAAUCACGGCAAUUACCUUUAACAAAACUGAUGCAUACAAAAUGGUUUGAAGCCAAAACUAGUCGAAGAGCUGCAGCUCAGGUUUGUCCUUUAGUUUGUCUGUACAUCUUUUGAACUCAAAAA